AUGUAAAUUGUGAAUAGAUCAAUAAAAAUUAGCUUAAUUACAAAUAUAAAAGAAGGAUAAAUGAAGUUAUAGUGUUUAGAAUUACAAAAUAAGAAAAUGAAGCGAUCUCAUUCUUUUGAUUUACCAUCAAUAACUUUAUUAUCAUAAGGUCAAUUGUUGAAAAUGUAACCUAAAUUUAAAAAUAUGCUGUUCAUACCAAAUUCAUCAAAUUAUAGAAAUUCAGCAAGAAAAUCAUAAAGAUCAGAGAAAGCGGAUAUAAUGGAUGCAAUAUCGUAAACAAGUUAAGUAGUAUCUGAAACACCUUAAUAAAAAGGAAAUAUGAGAAGAGCCAGUUAAUAUGAUUAUGUAGGUUUGAAGUAAAAAAGAUUGGAUAGUUUAGCUCCAUUGGUGUUUAUACAUUAGCAUUCAAGAGACAUGACAGUUUAUAAAAAGAAAAAGUUGAAUCGAAUAAAAAUGCAGUAUAGUAUAUGAA